CCCCCCUAGAUUUAUCAGUCAAACAGCUUAUUGUCAUUAUUGUCAAUUGUAUAAAAUUAAAGCUAGCAAGCGGGCUGACUUGAGCAACUAAAUCAAGAUUUUCAAAUUCUAUCCACCCAAAAUGAAUUUCAUUAUUGUUAUGAUGCACCUCGUAUGCAAGAUAUACGUGCUGACUCUGACGGUGGUUAUGAUUGGUGUUUUGACGGGCAACCUGCGACUACGAUACACCAAAUACGAAGCCUGUAUCGAAGGAAAAUAUUACUCACGUAGACACAUCAUCAGUGGAAAAAUAACUGAUCAACUAGCUAUAGACCGAAAGAAUAACAUUCUUUAUCUACAAUUUAACGACAACUGGAACAUAGGCAUUUUUCUACAUAAUAGAACGCAAUGGUUGGUUAAUAGGAUAAGUACUAGUGGAAUGGUCGUUGACCAGCACCAUUCGAUUUUGUAUAUGGGUACAAAAGAAAGGUGCAGACAAUACCUAUAUUAUUUUCUUAGGAACACGACGAGUAUUAAAGAUUGCGAUGAUCAUUUUUGGGGCCACCCUACUCAAGACAAAAUGAUGUUUAAUUGCCGGAGAGUAUUUUACGUAGAUAAAAGUAAACCAGGUAUAUUUUCUCAUUAUGAAUAUAAUGAUUAUCGGGGGAAAGUUUAUGUGAUUGGUAGACUAGCCCACUUAACUUCCUACGUAUUUGAAGAUGUAGCAUUUGUUUGCGUGGAAGGAGUAUAUAAUAUAGUAUUUGUAACCAAUUCCACUGUUUACCACUUCAAAAAUUACGCUCCAAAAAAACCAAUAGAGAUUGCUAGAAAUAAGUAUGUGCUAUCUUCAUAUACAGGCAAUGCAUUUUUAGCACAUCCAACACACAAGAUAAUUUUUAAAUAUAACCCAAUAAAUUUAACCAAAACAUUGUAUGCUACUUACAAAUCUGCCUUAUUAAAGGACUUUGUGUUUGACAUAAAUAACAAUAUAGUGUUCCACGAUGCCAGCGGAAGUGUGGCGCAGUGGGUGCCAGUGCCCGGGAAUACGUCUUGUCUCUUGUAGUUGCCGCGGUCCCAAAAUGAAAACCCGGCGAGCCAAGCAAACACUAGUGUACGGGCGUCAGUAAAGAAUGGGUAGUCAAUUUUACAUUUUGGUGUUGAUAUUGGUGAGCGAGCGUCAGGAUGGCGAGUGGACCAAAUAAAUAUUACCACUCAAAGGCAAUAUACAUAAUGGAUAUAUACAGAUGAUUACUAUAACUAGCUUAUAUCUAAAAUAGGCCCUUGAGGCAUUGUACCAAGGAUGCUGCCGGCAUUUCCUCGUUGUAUCGCAAUACUGAUACGUUGUGCGAGGAAGCCGCCAGCUCUUCGGUCACCAGUUACGUCAACCAGACGUUUCGCGAUUUCUCCAAAAAACUUGUGCGCGCUGGGACCCCAUGGACCUAGAGUUUCAACGCCAAAGGUAUAUAACUAAAUUAUAACUCCAGUGUCUCUGUGUACUUUUAAUAAAAAUCCAUGUACGUGUCCCUUAAAUGAGCAACGAUCAAAUAAGGUCCAACCGCUAACCUGACGUCGUUGGCAGAUGGAGCUAAUUUUGAGCAUUGCUUAUUAUAGAGAGUUCAACAGAUCUUUAUCAAGAGGAAAACCGACGACGGCGCUAAUCUUACCUUUCUUAUAAAAGUAGUCCCUAUGCUUUUACCGUGGUCUCUCUGAUUUGACCUACAGUGGGUCCACCGGUAUAUUUUUACCCGUUGUUCUACCGUUCUAAACAGUGUUCGCUACUGAAUCUACGGGUAAUUUAUUUUUACUAUGUUCCCACUGUUUCUUUUCUAUUACUUAAAAAAUAAAUAGAUAUUUGGGGACAAUCAUACAUAGAUCUAAAACCUAGCCCCAAACUAAGCAAAGAUUGACGUCAUGUUCUCCAGUAACCCCACAUUGCGUUUUGGCAUUUUUUAUUAUAUGAGGAUUAAGUACACAAAUUGGUACGGAAUUUGUACUUACCUACGUAAAAAAAUGUGUACCUCUAGUUUCGGAGUACAAGCCAAAUGAAGUUGGGGUUGCUGUAGACUCAACCCCAACUGAAUUUCAACAUAGGCUGCUCCAACAUUUCCAGAAAAUAAGUGAGUAGAAAAUUUUGUACGCAUGUUUAUAUUGCCAAAUUGCUUGCUGGAGAGCAUGACGUAAAGCUUGUACUAUGGCUACUAAGCGAAGAUAUACAUACGUAUAUUAGAUAAAUACAUACUUAUAUACAUAGAAAACACCUAUGACAAAAACAAAUACGAGUACGUAUCCGUGCUUAUCACAUAUGCCCUUAUCAUUAUUUGAACUCGGGACCAUUGUCUUCAUAGGCAGGGUCACUACCCACUAGUCCAGACCGGUCAUCGGUAGUGCUUUGCGGGGCUCCUAUUUCUGGGCGGUUAUCUGAAGAUUCCUAUCGAACCUAUCCUACCUACCAAUUGAUUUAGUGCGACUCCCGUGAAAACAUAACGCUUUGGGAAAAAAGCUACUUGUUUUACACAUGCUAUGAAAAAAGGCCAAUGCUCGUUAAUUUUGGCAAUAAAUUUAACACUUAGUACGGGUGGGACCAUGUUAAGAAUAAGUUACCUGUAGAUCCACUGGUGAAUGCUAUGUUUAGAACGGUAGGACUACGGGUAAAAAAGUACCUCUGAACCCACCAGGGGGACGUGUUCAUAUUUCGUGUUUUUUAAAUUAUUAUUAUAUGUUAAUUUGUACGGAAAUUGCUUUUCGCUCCUAACUAUUAUUAUAACAAAAAAUCGGAAAAACUCACAACGCGUAAUAGUUAUGGAUGUAAAAAUAUUUUUCAUAAGAUAGAAAAAUGGACUAAGUUUAUAUGGAGAAGCGAUCAUCUAAUCCUCCUAAAGGAACACUGAGAUAAACAGAAGGUACAUUAUGGUUAUAAAUAUUUCGUUAAAACUCCGGAGGUACAUUCGUCAUUCUGACGCUGAUUUUAUAACACGUCUCUGUCAUGUAUCUCUUGAUUCGCAGCGCGCCUGCCAAUAAACUCGAGCGAUUGUCAUUUCAAUAGAAAGUCAAUAUCCUCCUUCAAGAUUUGUUAAGUAUUUUGCCACAGCUCAUCUAAGAACAGCCAAGCUUUUCUCACACGUUCACAUAGUUUUUAAGUUUUUGUGAAACAUGAAGUCCAUCAGAAACAAGAAAUGCUACCUGUUUGUAAAACAUCGCUACAUUUAUCUCUGGUUCAUGCUUACUCAUAAUCAACUCCGCACAGACAGCCCUGAGAUCCUUCCCCUUGCAGUAGAGCGACUGUUUGGAAUUGCAGCUUUAAUGUUAUACAUGAUAGUUUAAUAUUAAUUAUUGUAUAUUUACUAUUUUUAAAUAAUAUAGUAGAGUAUGAGUAAAUUGUUUACUUAAAUAAAUAUGUAACGUGAAAAUAA